AUUCUUUUGCUGACUCUCUCUCCGUCCCUUUUCUUCUUUUCUUCCUCUUUACUUCUUCUCUAAUAUAUCAUUUUCCCACCCCUCAUUUCUCGAUUGCCCACUUCAGGAAAAUAAAGAAAAGGGUCUCCUUUGGACCUUCUCUGAGUCUGGCUAUGUUGAUUUGAAAAAAGCUACUUCUCAUCAAGAAUGGGUUCAGGUGAUUGGUUUAAGACAAUUAUUAGCUUAGGAAAAUCAAAAGGAGGCAGAUCAAAGAAAGCAAAGGGUAUCUUAGCUCCCAAGAAAGUAAAUGCGUCCAAAUCAAACAAUUGUACAAGAAAAGAGUCUAAUGGUUUAGCAAAUGGUACUAAAAGUGAAAGCCUUGUAUCAGCUGGGGUAUCAAUUGAAACAGUUGCUGCAACAAGGAUCCAGACUGCAUUCCGAGCUUAUAAGGCUAGAAAAGCUCUAGGUCGCUUGAAAGGGUUCACAAAACUGAAGAUCCUAACAGAUGGUUACUCUGUUAAAAAGCAAGCCAGUACAGCUAUAACGUACCUUCAUUCAUGGAGCAAAAUACAGUCUGAGAUUAGAGCUCGCCGCAUCUGUAUGGUAACAGAAGACAGGAUCAGGCGGAAGAAACUAGAGUCUCAACUAAAACUUGAGGCAAAGCUUCAUGAUCUGGAGGUUGAAUGGUGUGGUGGUUCUGAAACUAUGGAGGAAAUCCUUGGAAGGAUACAUCAAAGGGAAGAAGCAGCAGUUAAGCGUGAAAGAGCCAUGGCAUAUGCCUUUUCCCAUCAGUGGAGGGCCAACUCCAGUCAGAGCCAAUUGCUAGGUAAUUAUGAACUUAGCAAAGCUAAUUGGGGUUGGAGCUGGAAGGAGCGUUGGAUUGCUGCUCGGCCAUGGGAAAGCCGUGUCUCCAGUUCCAUUAAGAAAGCUCCACACAAGCAGUCAAGCAAGGUUCAGAAGGAUAAGAGCACAUCAUCAACACCUAAAACCCCUCUUUCAGUUAAACCUACUUCAGCCAAUGGUAAAGGAACUCCUCCUUUGGGCAAUGCAAAAGGGGCUUUAAAAGCUAGGAGAUUGUCUUAUCCAACAACAGAAAAAUCUGUGGUUCAAGAAGGAGUGCAAUGAGUCCUCAACAUGGUUGCCAAGAUAGAGCACAUCAUCAAAACCUAAAAC